AUGUUACAGGGAAACCAGACCACUGUAAAGGAGUUCAUCAUUCUCUGUUUCCAAGGGCUUCAACCACAAUACUAUGACCUGGUGGCCACUUUUUUCUUUUUCGUUUAUGUGACCACAGUGGCAGGAAACUCUCUUCUCGUUGGGCUGUUUGCGAUCGAGCGCAGCCUCCACAAACCAAUGUACAUCAUCAUGCUGAGCCUUGCCUUGUCUGACAUUGGUUUCUGCACCGUGGCCCUGCCCAGGGUCAUAGCCAAGUACUGGUUCAAUGCAGGAGCUCUCUCAUUUCUCGGCUGCCUCUUACAGAAGCACCUAAUCCAUUAUUUCGGGACGCUCAACUCCCUGAUCAUGAUGACGAUGUCACUGGAUCGCUACUUGGCCAUCUGCUUCCCUCUGCGCUACCCCAUGCUGAUGACAAACAGAACCAUGGGGGUUUUAAACGUGUUUGCCUGGGCGUCAUCCAUGAUCGCUCCUGGUAUUACCACCAUCCAGUCUUCUGAGUUGCCCUUCUGCGGGCCCAACAAAAUAGCUCACUGUUACUGUGACACGUCGUCGCUGAACCAACAGGCAUGUGCCGACAUCACCAUGCAGAGCUUUGUGUCAUUCUCCUUGGCCAUGUUCGUGCUGCUGCUGCCUUUCUCCUUCAUCAUCUUCUCUUACGUCAACAUAAUUGCCUCAGUGCUCAGGAUAGCGGACACCCAGGGCCGUAAUAAAACCUUCUCCACCUGCGGUACGCAGGUCUGCAUCAUAAGCAUAUAUUACAUACCACGUUUUUCUGUCUACGUAGCUCCCUUCCUACCUAAUGUACAGAUCACUGGUGAUUUACGCACCAGUCUUGUAAUGUUUUACAGCCUUUUUCCCCCCCUUGUGAAUCCACUCAUAUACUGCUUUAGGACCAAGGAAAUAAAGGAGAUUUUACGCAAAUGGAUUUCAAGAAAACAGAAAUACUUAUCAGUUCCUUGUUGA